UUCAUGAAUUGUAAUAAUUGUUAAUCGUUGUCUUAUCGGAUUUACCUUACGAAAUUGCAAUAUUUUAGAACGUAUUGCAUAAAGUAUAUCGUUUAUGUACAUCGUAUUGCGCAUGCUCAGGUACACAUAGUGUACAUAGUACAUAUAGUUCAGUCGUUCGUGUAUACUCUUAACCAUAUAAUUAUUGUAGGUUAAUAAAUAGUGAUAUAAUUAAAAUAGUUGAUAUAUUCUCGAAAAAUAAUCACCAUGAGUACUGAUAAUAGUACAUCAAAUGAUGAUGUAUCAGAAGUGGUUGCAGAUUAUAAGUAUAGACUAGUUGUUUUUGUUGGUAAGAAAAAAAAAAAAGAUAUUGACAUAGUGCCAUCGUCUUGGAUUUUUUAUGAUGAAAAAACAGACACAAUCAAGUGCAAAUUUAUGCCUCCACCAUACGAUGUAAAGCGAUCGGAUACGUUAUCAAAAAUGGUACAGAAUUGUGAACAACCGAUAAAUGAUUGGCCAGUUUAUUCAGUAGACAUCCGAGGAAGAGCUCGAACGUUUGAAGAAGCUAAUGAAUUGGCUAUCCAAUUGGAAUAUAAGCCAUUUGCUUAUUCUACACAAAAUGAAGAGACAGCUAAAGUAAAGGCUGCUAAUGAUGUGCAUUUUUUUAAAAAUAGAAAAACAUUCAGAGAUGAAUCUUUGAAGAUGUUAAAUGAAAUCAACAUCGAUUUAGGUGAAAAAACACGUGUGAAUAGAGCUCAGCCAUCAUCGCAAAAGUUACCAACAGAAGAAGAUAAACAAGAUAGAUAUUAUUCUUCCACAGACUCAGACGAAGAACAUUGUUACGAUGCAUCUAGAUCAAAAAAAAAGAAAAUCAUUACCAGAAAAAAUAUCAAAAGAUCUCGCAUAUCUUCGUCCAGUACAUCUGAUUCGAAUUUAAAAAUUGAUGAAAAUAAUCCACAAACACCUAAUGUAAUGGAAAAGCUAGAUAAGAAUUGUCAACCAGUAUUAUUAUGCUCGUCAACAAACCAACAUUCAAUUGAAAAAAUCGAAGGUGACCAAUUUGAAAAGUUAUAUCGUAUGAUUGAUGCCCGCUUUAAGACUUUUUCAAAUGAAAUAUCGGAGAAAUUCACUAAACUCAAUAGUCAAUAUAAUUCAUUAUCUUUACAAAUUGGACAGUUAAGUGGAAAAAUUAUUGAGAUUCAGCAUCAAUUAACAAAGAAUAAUAUCAAUAACACAGAUAUUGAAGUCGAUAGUGAUGAUGAAAAUGCUGAAAUAAAACUUCCAUGUAAAACAAAAAUAGAUUUUGAUCAGUUCGAUGAAAAACUUGAAAAAGAUAAGAAUUUUCACAAAAAAAUUCCGACGCUCAGAAAAGUUUUUUCGAAACCAGGCGAAGAUGUCCCAGACCAAAAUAUUCUUGAUGCUAUGGCUUCAGCUCUACAUAAUUGUAAAGACUGGGACGGUGGACGAACUGCUCGUUCCAAGAAACCUGCUGAAGCUAAUAGUGAAAUAGACAAUGAGCAUAUUUAGACUAGUAUUUCAGAUUAGUAUUCUUAAUUGCGUAACUUUUUUAUAUAAAGUAAAAUAUACAUUAUGUAGUUUAUCCCGUGCAUUAUAUUGUAUUCUGAAAGUUUGAUUUAAAAAAUAGUUCUUUAUUACUUAUUGUAUUUUAAGAUUGUAAUGACUAUGAAUGUA